GUCGCGUUUCCGGCUGGUGGACGAGGCUAAGAGGGGGGAGUGUGGAGGGCUGACAAGAUGUCGCAGGGGUCGGAGCUGGAGCGGGGGCCGCCGAGAGCGGUGCUGGGCUAUACGCCUGACGAGAAGCUCCGGCUGCAGCAGCUGCGCGAGCUCCGGCGCCGUUGGCUAAAAGACCAGGAGCUGAGCCCGCGCGAACCGGUCCUGCCCCCACGCAAGCUUGGGCUGGUGGAGGGCUUCUGGGAGCGCUUUCUGCAGCCCGGGGGUUUCUGGCGGAAGCAGGUGUUCAAAACAUACCGUGCUGGGAUAUAUACUGUCUUUCGGCUACUUAUCCCUGCUUGGAUUAGUACCUAUUAUGUCAAAUAUCAUCUAAUGCCACGGCCCUAUGGUAUUGUGGAAGAAAAGACAAGGAUAUUUCCAGGUGACACAAUUUCAGAAACGUGUGAGGUGAUUCCCCCAUUGGAAAUCCCAAGCAGUCAUCAUUAAGAGGCUCAAGGACUUGUGAAAGCUCUGGACAUUGCCCCCCCUUCUAUAUAAUGUAAUGCAAAUGCAUAGCUGUGGAAGUAUCUAAUUAAACAAUAAACAUCAAAAAAAA